AUUUGAGAAGUGCUGACGCAGCAGCGCUGAAAGCGCGUCCACGCAGCCAGCUGCUGCUGUCUGCUGAGGCUGCAGCUCUGCCUCACGCCUGCUGACGCCAUCAUGUCCAAAGUCAACGGCGGCUCCGCUGGCUGCCGGGCCAUGGUGAUCGCGGGGAAAUACUUAUCGAGCCCGUGUUCCGCCACACUGGCCCGGAGUUCUGGUCACCAGAACCGCCGGCUGAUCGUCCUCCAGCGCCGCCUGGCGAGCUUCAGCGCAGCCGGCGCGGGGGGCAGAGCUGCGGCUCCGGCUCAGCAGGAAACCACCGGCUGCAUCUCCGCUGCAGACCGGCAUGCUCGGACGAACCGGAACCUGAUUUACCGCGACGUUAAAGCGUUUCUAAACGAAGUGGGAGGAGAUCCGCGAGAGGCUCGGUACUGGCUGACCCAGUUCCAGAGGGCGACCUCGGCCCAGUCCCCGGCUUUUGCCGUCCUGGAGGUGGACAGCUCCGUUUUCCACAGCAGGGAAAUGGUCCAAAGCCUCGCGUUUGGACUGUCCUUCCUGCAGAGGAUGGACAUGAAGCCGGUUGUAAUCAUUGCAUGGUCUGAGGACGAGGCGCCAAAGUCCGGAGGCUCCGUCUCUGGAUGUCCCACCAGUGGACUGAUGGAGCGAUGCCAGCAGCUGAGUCAAGCUCUGCAGCAGCACUCGGGCACCGUCCUCCCGUUCUUCUCCUCAGAGGCGGUUCUCCACCUGCAAGAGGCGCCAAAUGGAAGCAACGACCGACCCUACAUCGAUGUGGUAACCAGUCUUCUUCAGUGGAGUCUGGACAGUGGGAUGAUCCCGCUCAUCUGUCCGGUGGGGAGGGACACCAGAGGUUGUUCGGUCAUCCUGGACCAAACUGAGGUCACAGCAGCUGUUUCCCGAGCUCUGCAGCCGCACAAGGUCAUGUUCCUGAACCACUGCGGAGGCCUGCGAAGCCCAGAACGAAAGGUGCUGGAUACUGUGUCUCUCCCUGCUGACCUGCCCCGUUUGUCCACCGCAUCAUGUCUGAGUGAGGCCGAACGCCGCAAAGUCACCACCAUCACCAAAAUCCUCAACCAGCUGCCGGCAGAGUCGUCCGCCGUGAUCACCUCAGCCGACACUCUGCUGUCCGAGCUGUUCAGCCACAGAGGAUCUGGAACCCUCUUUAAAAGUGGAGAUCCCAUUCACCGGUACUCCUCUCUGGUUGGCAUAGAUGUGCAGCGCCUGCUGGCUCUCAUCAACAAGUCCUUUGAUAAAACUCUGAAGGAGGAUUACUUCGACUCUCUGAAGGGGCGGCUGCGCGCCAUCUACCUCUCUGAAGGCUACAACGCAGCAGCCAUCAUCACAAUGGAGCCGGUGAACGGCGGCACUCCUUAUCUGGACAAGUUUGUGGUGAGCAGCAGUAAGCAGGGCCAGGGCAUGAGCCACAUCCUGUGGGAGUGCAUCAGACAUGACCAGGGCAAAUUAUUCUGGAGGUCGAAAGCUGCAAACAAAAUCAACCCAUGGUACUUCAAACACUGUGAUGGCAGUUUUGUGAAUGGACUUUGGACUGUCUUCUGGUUUGGACUGACAGACAUCAGAGACUCCUACAUGUUAGUGGAGCACGCCAAGAACCUCCCUGACUCCUUCCUCAGCUCCUCUUCAGCCUUGACCCUGCAGCCUCCCGCCACAGGAUCCUGAACUGCUUCACAGCAGCUAAUCAGCAUUUAAUACAGCAAGAACUAGAUUACAUUACAGUCAUUAGCUGAUCAUUAAAAUUUAAUGAAUGCUCUUCCAUCAUAUUUAGAAACACGCUGCAUCUGGCAAAGAAGACAAACAUUUUUCAAAAACUGACCAAGAGGUUCGUUGGUCCUCUGCUCUCAUGUCUGAGAAAAAGCAUUCAGAGUGUUAUUCCUUCAAAAUGAAAGUCUGCAGCUGCGCUGAUGCUUUGCCGCCUCCAGCUGGUUGGUUUUCUCCCAGGAACCAGUUUGUUUCUAACUUUACCCAUAGUUCCACUGCUGUGAACAUUCUGUUCAGUUUGCAGACAAAAAGUUGGACUUUUCCUAAAAAACUUCCACAGGCUUCGAAAAACACAAACCAUGACGCUGGCAUUUCAAAGUAAACAUGGACGUGUGACCAA